GGCCACCUGAACCGUGUUUUCAUUCUUUUCUCGCAGUGUAAAAUGGCGACUCUCAAGGACAAACUCAUUGCACCCGUGGCGGAGGAAGAGGCGGGUUUGCCGAACAACAAGAUCACAGUAGUGGGGGUCGGACAAGUUGGUAUGGCGUGUGCCAUCAGCAUUCUGGGAAAGUCUCUGGCUGACGAACUUGCUCUUGUGGAUGUUUUGGAAGAUAAACUCAAAGGGGAAAUGAUGGAUCUGCAGCAUGGAAGCUUGUUCCUUCAGACAUCCAAGAUUGUGGCAGAUAAAGAUUACUCUGUGACUGCCAAUUCGAAGAUUGUGGUGGUCACCGCUGGAGUCCGUCAGCAAGAAGGAGAGAGCCGCCUCAACCUGGUGCAGAGAAAUGUGAAUGUCUUUAAAUUCAUUAUUCCUCAGAUCGUCAAGUACAGUCCUGACUGCAUCAUCAUUGUGGUUUCCAACCCAGUGGACAUUCUUACAUACGUUACCUGGAAACUAAGUGGAUUGCCCAAGCACCGUGUGAUUGGAAGUGGAUGCAACCUGGAUUCUGCUAGAUUUCGCUAUCUUAUGGCUGAAAAACUUGGCAUUCAUCCCAGCAGUUGCCAUGGAUGGAUUCUGGGAGAACAUGGCGACUCAAGUGUGGCUGUGUGGAGCGGAGUGAAUGUAGCAGGUGUUUCCCUCCAGGAACUGAACCCAGAAAUGGGCACAGACAGCGAUAGUGAAAACUGGAAGGAGGUGCAUAAGAUGGUGGUGGAAAGUGCCUAUGAAGUCAUCAAGCUGAAAGGGUACACCAACUGGGCCAUUGGCUUAAGCGUGGCUGACCUCAUUGAGUCCAUCUUGAAAAAUCUGUCAAGGAUUCAUCCAGUGUCAACCAUGGUGAAGGGCAUGUACGGCAUUGAGAAUGAAGUCUUCCUGAGCCUCCCCUGCAUCCUGAAUGCUCGCGGAUUAACCAGCGUUAUCAACCAGAAGCUGAAGGAUGAAGAGGUUGCCCAGCUCAAGAAAAGUGCGGAUACCCUGUGGGACAUCCAGAAGGACCUGAAAGACCUGUGACUGCUGCAUUCCAGGCUGUAGAAGUCGAAAAACUACCCUGUGACUAAUCCUGAGCCUGUAGCCUUCAUCCACAUGCAUGGGUCCUACUUUGCUUCUUCCUUAAUAUCUUGAUAGGAGCUCACAGAAUCAAAGCCCGGGCUGGUUUAAUGCUUGCAGUAUGAGCUCUUGAACAAAUAAAAUUAACUAUUGCAGUGUG